AUGAAGCUCUCCCUCGCUCUUGGAGCGGCAGUCUUUGUGGGAUCUGCUCUGGCAGAUAUUGAUCCUAUCGUCAUCAAGGGUUCCAAAUUCUUCUACAGCAGCAACAACACCCAAUUCUAUAUCCGUGGUGUUGCCUAUCAGGCCGAUUAUGACUCCAACUCCACCGACAGCAGCUCCAGCAGCUAUGUCGACCCUCUGGCCGACGCCACCCUCUGCAAGCGUGACAUCCCUAUCCUGCAGGAGAUCAGGACCAAUGUCAUUCGUACUUAUGCUGUCGACCCGACAAAGAACCACACCGAAUGCAUGAACAUGCUUGCCGAAGCCGGUAUCUAUGUCAUCUCCGAUCUGUCGGACCCGUCCGAGUCCAUCGAUCGGGACGAUCCGACCUGGGAGACCAGCUUAUACACUCGGUACAAGAACGUGAUUGACGAUCUGUCUCAGUACAACAAUACCAUCGGCUUCUUCGCUGGUAACGAGGUCUCCAACACCAUCGACACGACCGAUGCCAGCGCUUUCGUCAAGGCCGCCGUCCGCGACAUGAAGGCCUACAUCAAGGCCAAGGGCUACCGCUCCAUGGGUGUUGGGUACGCCACCAACGACGACUCCGACAUCCGUGUCAACAUGGCCGACUACUUCAACUGUGAAAGCGAAGACGUGGGUGUCGACUUCUGGGGCUACAAUAUCUACUCCUGGUGCGGCAACUCCACCUACGAGGAGUCCGGCUACAAGACUCGCACCGAGCAGUUCAGCAACUACUCCGUCCCGGUCUUCUUCGCCGAGUACGGCUGCAACACUCCGUCGCCCCGCCACUUCACCGAGAUCCAGGCUCUUUUCGGCGACGAGAUGAACGACGUGUGGUCCGGCGGUAUCGUCUACAUGUACUUCCAGACUGACAACGACUACGGCUUGGUCUCCGCCAUCGACAGCACGAGCGUCAGCAAGCUGAAGGACUUCACCUACUACUCGGAGCAGAUCCAGAGCGCCACGCCGACCGGCACCAACAAGGCGUCCUACACGCCCACCAACACAGCACUCCAGAGCUGUCCCACGGUCGGCAGCAAGUGGCAGGCCAAGGCGUCGCCGCUGCCGCCGACGCCCAACAGCGAGCUGUGCUCCUGCAUGAACGCCGCGGCCGGGUGCGUGGUCAAGGACUCGGUCUCCAGCACGAAGUACGCGACCCUGUUCUCCGAAGUCUGCGGCUACAUCUCGUGCACGGGCGUCUUCCACAACGGCACGACCGGUAGCUACGGCGACUUCGGCAUGUGCGAGCCCAAGCAGCAGCUCAACUGGGCGCUGAACCGCUACUGGGAGAGCCAGAACAAGGGGGUCUCGGCCUGCAGCUUCGGCGGCUACGCCACCACCACCGCCGCCACCACCGCCAGCACCUGCAGCGCCAUGCUCUCGGAGGCCGGCACCGCCGGCACCGGCUCGGUCUCGUCCACCGCCACGGCCACCGGCGACUCGUCCUCCAGCAGCUCGACCUCCAGCUCCGACUCCAGCUCCUCCGCCGGCCACAUCACCGGCUCCGCCAUGGUGGGCGUCGGCUCUCUCCAGCUGGGUGCGUACGUGGUUACCGCCGUCGCCGCCGGUCUGGGUAUGAUCCUGUUGUAA